GCGCCAACUGCAGCGACAGAAGCGACAUGAGGCGCCGCUGAAUGAAACGACGCAAAAAAAAAAAAAGAGCUGCAGAAGUGCGCCUGUGGAGAGCACCAGGACCCCGCGCGCCUCCCAUGUGCGGACACCCCGGGCACGCGCAGACCUGGGGCCACUCUGAUAAGACCUGAACAGAACAGAACGGAGGCUCAGCAGCAGUGGCAGCCAUGACGGCCCUCAACGCACCACAAGACAAGUACCACGCGGUUUGGCUCAUCUUCUUCAUCCUCGGCUUGGGGACGCUCCUGCCGUGGAAUUUCUUCAUGACAGCAUCAGCCUACUUCACCAGUCGGCUGAAGGACCCCGUGAUCACCGCCUACAAUCAAACUAUGAACGUGACGGCGAGCACGGGCGACACGAGGAACAUCCUGGAGUCAAAGUUCAACAACGUAAUGACCCUGUGCGCCAUGGUCCCUCUGCUCAUUUUCACCUGCCUCAACUCGUUCAUCCACCAAAGGGUGCCUCAGAAAUUGAGGAUUCUGGGGAGUCUGUGCGUGAUCUUCGUGGUUUUCCUGAUCACUGCCGUCGUGGUGAAGGUCAAGAUGGAGCCGCUGCCGUUUUUCACCCUCACGAUGAUUAAAAUCGUCUGCAUCAACUCGUUCGGGGCCGUUCUUCAGGGCAGUUUGUUUGGUUUGGCUGGGAUCCUGCCCGCGACCUACACCACCCCCAUCAUGAGCGGACAGGGCCUGGCCGGGACGUUUGCCGCCUUCUCCAUGAUCUGUGCUUUGGCCUCUGGGUCCGCUCUGCAGGACAGCGCCUUCGGUUACUUCAUCACGGCCUGUGCUGUGAUCCUCCUGGCCAUUAUGUCGUACUUUGUUCUCCCCAAAAUGGAGUUCUUUCAGUAUUACAUCGAGAGUAAUGGGUCCCAUCCGUCGGCCGCUGAUGAGGAGAAUAAAAUGGACCUGCUUAAAAAAGAAGACGCCACAGAGAAAAGACCAGUGGUGAAUCUGACAGAGGAAGACGCCCGGCCCACGGUGUCUGUGGUCAACAUCUUCAAACAGAUUUGGGUCAUGGCGCUGUCCGUGUGUUUCAUUUUCACCGUCACCAUCGGAACUUUCCCCGCGGUGACGGUCGACGUGAAGUCCACAGUCGCAGACGGAGGAGACUGGGAAAUGUACUUUAUCCCUGUGUCGUGUUUCUUGCUGUUUAACCUGAUGGACUGGGUGGGCAGGAGUCUGACCGCUGUCGUCAUGUGGCCCGGUAAAGACAGCAAGUGGCUCCCUGCCCUGGUGAUUUUUCGGAUCAUCUUCAUCCCCCUGUUCAUCCUGUGUAACGUCCAGCCGCGGAACAACCUCCCGGUGCUGUUCUACCACGACGCCUGGUACAUUAUCUUCAUGAUCUUCUUCUCCUUCUCCAACGGUUACCUGGCCAGUCUCUGCAUGUGCUUCGGACCCAAGAAAGUGGCGCCACACGAAGCGGAGACGGCGGGCGCGAUCAUGGCCUUUUUCUUGUCGCUGGGUUUGGCUCUGGGCGCGGCGGUCUCGUUCGCUUUCAGGGCCAUUUGCUAGAAGCCGCCGCCGUGUUUCCCAUAGAUUAUUUAAGCAUCUUUUUGAACAGUGUAGUUACUUUUUAUGUAAAUGAAAAACAAGGAGCAGCAAAGUGACGUUUUGUUAUACCAAUGUUAUACCAGGUUAUUUUUAAACCAUAGAGGAGAUUUUAGACGAUGGCGCCGAGGGGGUGCACUGGUCCGAAAGGCGUUUUGUCGUUACUUGAGACACACAGGUUUACAUCAGUUUUAUCUUAUUUUAUUUUAGUAUGAAGGAAAUAAAGCAAUUUUCAGGUGCAUCGGUGGAUUGGCGGAUACUUAAAGCCAUAAUAUCGAAGUCGGUAUCGGAGCUGGAUCAGUGCAUCCCUUAGGGGGCGCCACUGUAGCCUGUUCUUCAAUGGGAAACUCUGCCACAGUCAUUUCCUGUAGUUUUAGUAGUAGUUUCAGUAGCUCUAGACUUGCACUGGGAGAACUGAUAGAACUGGACGAGCUGCGCUGCUUUAAACAACCACCAAAGGACGAUUUGAGUGACUUCGGAGCAGCAAGAGAAGAGCGGAGAUCUGAUUCACUCUUCUCCGCGUUUGGACUGUUUUUGUUCAGCCAAAAUGCCAACUACACAACGGGCACAUUUUACUUUCACCACAAACUGAAGAAGAUGAGAUUCAAGCCAAAAGUGUUGUAUGUUUGUCUAAUUAAUGUGUAUCACAAAUACGCCAAAAUCAUGUAACCAAAUGUCACAUCAGUCCCAUAGACUGUUUAUAUAAAUGGACGUAGCUAACCUGCUAGCUGCCGCGGCGUUCCAAACAGGAAGUGAGCAUGUGUGCACUUCCGGCUCCAUCGACUCCAGUUCACCUUACCCCCCCCCCCCUCCACAGCGUCCAACGCCAGAGUUGAACCAAUCAGAGACUACGCUGCAGUGAUUUAGCGACGUCAUAGCAACAGAUUUGAUUGACAGCUCCUGCUCCCUGCUAAACCAGCGGUGUGGGCGGGAAGGGGCGUUACCUUCAACAGCCUCGCUCCAGAUUGGCUCUUUGGUUGCUAUGAUACUCGUGGUUGGAAAACGGCUCCAGAUUAGCCGCUAUAACUGCUCCAGCCUCGAUGAGCUUCAUUUGGAGCUGAACUCUCGGUCCACCUUGUCCAGAAGAGUGUACAAAAAAAAAACUAAGACUGCUGUGGUUCAUUUAGAUGCAAAUAUUUAAAACAUAGUAAUAACUUGAAACCAACAUAAGUUCUUUGCCUUUUGUAGCAGUGUUUGUAUUGUAGUAUUAGGCCUGUCAUGAUAAUCACUAUAUUCAUCAUUCAGUUUUUGACAGAUGGAACAGUGUUUUGGGGUCAGGACUCAUGAACAUUUUCUUUGCAGUACUCGGAUGUUUUUGGUAAUGUACAUUUAAGCCGUAAAAGUUUGAAUUAAUAACUUAUCUGACUCAUUACAGAUGCAAAAUAACAACUUAAGUUUCAUUUUGCUGUUUAUUUAUUGCAGCUUAUGAUUUUGAACCGUAUUGUAGAUUUGUAAUAGUUUUCGUGGUUUAAAUGUGCACUCGGGUUUGUGUGUCAGUGGCAUAAAUUACUUCAAUAUUAUCAUUUAUUUACUUUGUCGAUAUAUCGCACUGCAAAAUAUGUUAUCAUGACAGGCCUAAUUAUUAUUAUUACAAAUCAACGAGAACCUUCAAUGUCCCAGAUUUGCUGUUUACAGUUGAUGCCGUUGGAAAAUAACUUUACUUAUUCGAAUGUUUGCACAGGUGACAGAUGUUUGUUACUGGACGUGUGAGAUAAAAGUA